UAGGGAGGGAGAUGAGGAGCAAAGACGAGUUGAGGAGCAAACUUGCAUCACGGUUUAUAAGUGCAGAGGGAAGAGCUGGGCUGUUUGCAGGCUUCUGACUAAAACUGGCAUACAAAAGUUGACCGUGUUUGCGACUUGAGCAUCUGAGCAGACAUGUCUACUAUUACUGCUGUUGCACUCCUAGUUUUAAUGGCCAUCCCCGAGGGUUUCAGUCAGGGGAUUCCACGAGAGAUUCUGCGAUGUCAGUGUAUCAACAAGGAGCGAACACCCAUUGGACGUUACAUAGGACCAGUGGAGGUGAUCCCUGCCAGUUCUCACUGCAAAGACACUGAGAUUAUUGCCACGUACAGAAUCGAUGGAACAAAGGUUUGUCUGGACCCUGAUGCACUAUGGGUCCAAAAAGUGCUGAAGAAAAUUUAUCAUCAGAGUUCAAGCAGACAUGUUGCAGAAUAACACAUGAUAGAUUGGGAUUAGAUGGAUUGGAUACAUUUUCAUCUUCACUGAAGCUUAAAGUAAACGCAUUAGAGGAGCAUAAAGAGCUUGCGUGGACAGGAUUUGUGUGACAUGCAGCUGCGUGAGUUGUGAUUACAUCAUCUCCCUAAUUUCUAAAUUGACUGAGCUCUGGCGAGAAAAGAAGGAGUGAUGAAACAAACCUUUAUUCAGAAGAAUAUGUUAAACAUCAUACAGUGUGUCUUUACUGCUGCUGAAAAAAAACAAAAGCUGAAUAAAUGCACAAUAAAUGGACACAUUAUUUUCAAUAAACA